UGCUGCCGCUCUCUGAGUCGCUGCUCUGCCCGCCGCGGUCCGCUUCUCUUGGUCUACCUGUCUCCUCCAUCCAUUCAUCCGUCCACCCCCCGCCCUGCUCCUGCCCCCCACCCCCCACCCCCCCAUCUCGGUGCGGACAUGCUUCCUGGGGUCUGGAGAUGAGGCUCCGAAAUGUCUCAUUCCUGACGGUCUUGUUGUUCGGGCUGAGCGGGCUGGUCUCCCUGUCCUGGUACACCGCCUUCAGCAGCUCCAGAGGAGAUGUGGUGGACAUCUACCAGAGGGAGUUCCUGGCUCUGAGGGAGCGCCUCCACUCAGCCGAGCAGGAGAACCUGAGGCGCUCCAAGGAACUGAACCUGGUUCUGGAGGAGAUCAAAAGGGCCAUUGCUGAGAAGCAGGCACUCCGAGACAUCAACCGGACCUGGAGCAGCCUCUCAGAGGAGACGAGGAUGAAGCUGUGGAACGUGAGCAGCAGUAAGAAUGUGCUGCAGCUUCCCUCCAUCUUUCACCAUCUUCCUCACCUCCUGAACCGAGAGGACAGCCUGCAGCCUGCUGUGCACCUCGGUCAGGGCAGAACUGGAGUUUCAAUCGUCAUGGGGGUUCCCAGUGUGAAGAGGGAGGUCCACUCCUACCUGACCGACACACUCAGCUCUCUGAUGUCUGAGCUCAGCCCAGCAGAGAAGGAAGACUGUGUCAUUGUCGUCCUGAUUGCAGAGGCUGACCAUGAAUACGCCAGCAGUGUAGCUGACAACCUGAAGCGCCUUUUCCCAGGAGAGAUCCAGGCAGGUCUGCUGGAAGUCGUCUCUCCGUCCAUUCACUUCUAUCCCGACUUUUCCCGACUCAGAGAAUCGUUCGGAGACCCGAAGGAGCGCGUCAGAUGGAGGACGAAGCAGAACCUGGACUACUGUUUCCUUAUGAUGUACGCUCAGUCCAAAGGAAAUUACUAUGUCCAGCUGGAGGACGACAUCGUCGCUCGUCCAAACUACUUCACCACCAUGAAGAACUUUGCGCUGCAGCAGCCAUCAGAGGAAUGGAUGAUCCUGGAGUUCUCUCAGCUCGGCUUCAUCGGUAAGAUGUUCAAGUCGUUGGACCUGUCUCUCAUCGUGGAGUUCAUGCUGAUGUUCUAUAAGGACAAGCCCAUUGACUGGCUGCUGGACCACAUCAUGUGGGUCAAAGUGUGCAACCCAGAGAAGGAUGCUAAACACUGCGACCGUCAGAAGGCCAACCUGAGGAUCCGCUUCAAACCAUCACUUUUCCAGCAUGUUGGGACUCACUCAUCUUUAGCUGGAAAGAUCCAGAAGCUUAAGGAUAAGGACUUUGGGAAGCAGACGCUACAUAAAGGUCAUGCCAACCCGCUGGCAGAGGUCACGACCAGCCUGAAAACAUACCAGCACUUCACCCUGGAGAAGGCCUACGCAGGGGAGGACUUCUUCUGGGCCUUCACCCCGGUAGCGGGGGACUUCAUCAGGAUACGGUUCUUUACGCCGGUCCGCAUCGAGAGGUUUUUCUUUCGGAGCGGAAACAUCGAGCAUCCAGGAGACAAACUAUUCAACACAUCGGUGGAGGUUCUGCCAUUCGACAACAUCCAGGCAGAGAAAGAGGCCUUGACUGAAGGGAGGGAGAAAACACCAAAGUACCAUCGGACCGACGAUGGAUUCAUCAGGAUCGAUCUUCAUAAAGAAAGCAGAGUGAAGCUCUGCCCUCCCCCCUCCCUCGGUGAUUCCUGAGCCCAGCUGAGAGCAGGCUGGUCAGCUGCCUCCAGUCCAGAACCUCUGAGCGGUUCGCCAGCGCCGCCGUGUGGCCGGGCCUCGCCGCUGCAGGGCUGAGCAGCUCAGACUGAAGCCAGUGAGAGAGAAACUUCUGGGCCUGAACUGACGAAGCAGUAAUUAGAACCUGUACAUACGGAGUGAAAACACUGGAAGCUGCUUCUGAAGAUCAACCUGCUUCUCCCUGUCUGCAGAAGGACCUCCUGCCCCCCCUCCCCACCCCCUGUGUCUGGACAGAUGAACUCGGUGUCCCGUCCUUCCCUCCAGUGUGUCUUGGUGCUUCAGGUUCAUGCUCUCCCUCAUAAGUUAACAAGUUGCCUUAACGAUUUCAGAACAAAUAUGUGUCACAUGUAGCAUCCACCGGUACCCAGAAUCCUUUGCUGCAGCCUCGAUUCCACUGACAUUGUUGUAGCUUGAAACUACUGAUGAAGACAGCUGGUUCUUCUUCUCUGGGGAAUUUAGUGAAUCAAUUUGAAGGAAACUGAGGCCUUGAUGACUCCUGUGAGUCCACAGGACUCCCUGGACUUCAGUCUGAGUCCAAACCCACAGGACCCUCUGAUGCUGUUCUGCCCAGUGCUAAAACCCUCAUUCUCUUUGAGUCCAUUCUGUGUUUUCUACAGAGACAGUUGUCCAUCAGGACCUUGUCUUCCAGUCAGAGAUUUGCUUGGCCUCCCGUCUCAGAGGACAGAAAGUUUCUGAUAAACUGUUCCUUCUAUGAUCAGACAUAGGUGCCUUCAGAUGUGAUGCAUCAAACUGUUUAUAUUUAGUCUUGCUGACUGGUUGAUAAAAGGAAGUUAACUUUCUAAACCGGGUUACUUAAACCAGCACAGACCCGAGGCGGGUUAGUGAGUAGAAAUCCUGAAUAUGGAAAAAACAUAAAAUACAUUUUCAAUUCAACAUAGAAUUAUUUAACUUCUGGUCCACCGCUCACAGCUUUGGGAUACUGAGAAAUAAUUGAUCAAAUAAGUUUUUUUAUUCAAAUCUCAACAGUUUUUGUGUUAAUGAUAUGAACAAAAAAAAUCACACAUCAGAGCCGCUUUUACACCAAAGAACGUUGCUUUCAUCCUAAAACCGCUUAAAUUACCCAACAGUUCAUGAUGUUUUAAUAAACCUUUAAACCACAGACGGCUUGACCUUUUACAGUUAUUUACAUUGAAUUAUGUGGUUAUUUACAAACAUAAAUACUGUAAAAUCCAGCAGCAGCAGCAGCUAAAUAUCAGUCCUCCUCCUCCAGCAGAAUGUUCAUGCCUGAUAAACAUCUGUAAAGUGAAAGUUGAAGCACCGCCCUGGCUGGUUCCAGUACAGGUUUUACGCUCCACCACUGAACAACUGGGAUCCAUCACUUAGAAAAUGAACAUAUGCCUCAUUAUAUUUCCAGGUGUUGACAGAUGUUGAUGCGUGUUGUUCUUACCUUGCUGCUCUCAGUUAUGUAGUUAGUUGGUUAGUUAUGUAAGGAUGUGAUUGUGUGUACUUGAGUAGGUGGGACUUCCAGCUCCGCGCCUCAAACGCUCAGCCUCCAAAAACACAACAGUGACUGAAAAUGGGAUCUCAUGCUUCACUACUUAAAAUUUUCAUUCAUUUAUACAGUUUGUGAAAAAAUGAAGUCAUUUGAAACUAACAAAGGAGUCAAUGCAGCACGUCUUAGUUUUAACCCCACUUCAACACACCUGAUUUCAAUCAGCAGGUGAUUAACAGGCUUCUGCAGAGCCUGAUGAGCUGCUACACAGGUGAUUCUACCACUGAAUCUAGUGUGUUGGAGCAGAGAAACCACUAAAACAUGCAUGAUACCAGCAGCUGGUGUCCAGCUACAGCAUUUAUCAGACGAUAGGCAGAGGACACCCUGGACAGGUCUCUAGUCCACCAUAGGGACACAUAUAGGCAAAUAACCAGUCAGUCACACACUCACACACACCUAGAGAUGAUCUGGAGUCUUUAAUCAACCUGAUGGUCAUGCUUUUGGUCUGUGGGCAGAAACCGGAGUACCUGGAGAAAACCCUACAUACACACACCCAGAGAACAUGCUAACUACACCUAGAUAGGUCACAUCUGGGAUCUACUUUCUACAAGGCGACAGUGCACCACCAUGAAGCCCCAGCAGGAAGUGGUUUUCCAAAGUAAAACAAUAAUUCUACAUAAACAGGGAUUGUGUGAAAUGUUGCUCCACUCCUUUUGUAAACAUCUGUUCGGUUUCUUCCCGACAGAUGUUUCUGUUCAAUUUUACAUGGGAACCACGAAGAGCUGUUCAUUUAAAAUAUAGUUUAGAGAAAUAAACAGUCAUAAAUAAAAAAAAAAAGGUUCGCUGCUUAGAAAUGUUCUUGUUUUAUGUAAAUAUUUCCAUAACGGACCAAUACACUCUUGGUUUUUCCAUUUUUCUGCAUAUUUUUAUGACCCGUCGGUUGUUUCACUCAGAAACCAAUAAUCCAGUAGAGUGUUUGAGUUCAGUGACAAGAGAAGAAAAGGGUGAUAAAAUAUAAUUUCAUCUCUCGGUAAUCAAUGUGAUCGUUUGAUGAAUCCGUUUGGACAAAGGAACGAUUUAUCUGGACUUUUCCUCUGAGACGUUUCUCAGCAUUUCUAUUUGAUCUCCUCCAGGCUGACUGAGCUGAGCGUCGGGAUACACACACAACAGAAACUUGAGCUUUAUUUGAUUUCCUUUGGAAGAUGCACUGGAAAACAGUACUAUCACCUUGUGUCUGUCUUUUGUACCCUUUAGAUAAACUAUUUAAACUUCUAUUCAAUCUAUGGAUUGUAAUAAAGACAGAAAUUUAAA